AUGGGCUACGAAUACAUCCUCCUGGCCGCUGCCAUCAUCGUGCCCCUCGGCAUCUUCAGCGUCUUUAAGGGCGACCUUACGGGAGCAGCCCACGUCUCGAACGAAAAAAGAUCAUCCCUCCCUGGCGCAUUCGGAAACGACAGCACAUCAACAAAGUCAAAAAAGAAAAAGAACAAGAAAAAGAACAAGUCUUCCACAAUAACAACAGGAGCAGCAACAGGAGCAGCAGCAGGCGAUGACAACGACGAUGAGUCGUCGGAUUCAGAAGUCGAGGAGAAGAAAUCGAUGACGCGGCAAGGCAAGAAGUUGAACAACACCAAGAGCAGCACCACUGCACAAGUAGUCCCGUCUGCCAAAAAGGCGAACAAAAACAACAGCUCCAAAGGCUCCAACGCAACGGUUCCUUCUUCUUCUCCCUCUUCUACAUCGAUCCCUUCUACCAACAACAGCAACAAGUCUACCAGUGGCAACAAUCAAGAGUCCGCCAAAGCCAAGGCGCACAACAGCAACAGCACCACCUCCACCAAACAGUCGCCAACUGUUUCAACACCAACCGUCAUCGCCCCCUCAUCUGUAGUAGCAGGAAACAAGGCUACGUCAGUCGAGGACUGGAAAAAGCAGAGACAGGCUGAGCAAAAGGAAAUUCUCGUCAAACAACAGGAGACCCUCCAGUUCUCAUCUGCAGCAUCCAAGAACAAUUCUUCAUUCUCAUCACCCAACGUUACCACCAUUCCAGGACCUGGCGCCAUGGGCAACAACAAGAAAAAGAAUCGCGGUCAAGCAGGAACCGGUUUAUCCCACGCAGAGUUCCCUACCCUCUCUCGCCCCCAGCCUGCACCAGCAUCAGCACCCAAGCAGCCCAAGCAGAAGAAGGAGAAGAAGGACAAGGAGGCUGUAAAUCCUGAGCCCGUUCCCGAGCCUAAACUUGAGCCUGUGCCUGUCCAAGAAUCUGAGGAAGAAUCGGACGAGGACAACGACAAGGAACAGCAGUUGGCAUGGAGCGAAGGUGAAGGAGAGCAGGAAGAGGAGGAGGAGGAGGAGGAGGAAGAGGACGAGUGGACGACGGUGUCUGGAAAUGGAGCGGCCCCUGUUCGAUCUGGAGGCAUCGACUUCAACAGGCCCAUGGAUCCUUGGGUCGCUCAGCGCCAGCGUCAACUUCAGGACGAAAUCGCAGCGGUCGAUCCUCAUGGCGAGCAGACGACCCAGUUUGCACGCGUUUUGUCUAUCAAGCCUGCAGCCAAGGAGGAGCGUUUCCGCGAGGCGGUCCCUGAUGGCUUUUCUGUCCAAAAGACUCGAUCGGGUACAUCAACGGGACUGAGCUCGUACCAGUCUGCAGAGAUUACCAAGAAGCAGAGAGAGAACCUUGCCAAGGCUGCAAAGAAGAAGGAGGACAAGGCAGCGGCGGAUGCUCUCCAGGAGAAGAGGAAGCAGGAGCACAUGCGCCAGGUCAAGGCAGAGAAGAUGAAGGAGUUUUACCGUUCUCAGUCGCGCAAGUCCACGCCGGUCGAGUCAAGAUGGGAUGUGCCCAAGAGUUCGGACGUGUCUUCUUCGACUGUGAGCGGCGGUAUGUCUGCCCAGGUCAAUGAUAAGGGCCAGCUCAUCUGGGACUGA